AUGGAGUGGGAUAGUGACUCGGAGUCUGAUCUGAGCGGUGGCGAGGAGGAGGAAGAGGGAUUAGGGUUUCUGUUGAGAAAGAGCGGCGGAGGUCAGCUGCCUUUCCCGGUGGACACGCUCCUGAAGCCGGCGCCGUGUGGGUUUGUUGUAGCGGAUGCUUUGGAGUCCGACCACCCUAUUAUAUAUGUUAAUUCCGUGUUUGAGAUGGUUACUGGUUAUCGUGCGGAGGAGGUCCUUGGACGUAAUUGCCGGUUCUUGCAAUGCCGAGGCCCGUUUGCCAAGCGUAGGCACCCCCUCGUGAACCCCACUGUCGUUGCCGAAAUAAGGAGAUGCCUCGAGGAAGGAGUUGAAUUCCAAGGCGAACUACUAAACUUCCGUAAAGACGGGUCCCCACUCAUGAACAGACUACGCAUGACCCCCAUAUAUGGAGACGACCAGACUAUAACCCACAUCAUUGGCAUACAGGUCUUCACUGAGGCUACACUCGACCUGGGACCAGUCCCCGCCUCCUCCACCAAGGAACCCUCAUUUCCGUCAAACCGUUUCCGGUUUAACACCAGCCUGAGUGAAGCCUCCCUCGAAGGGACCCGCUGCGUGGGCCGCAGGGUCUGCGGUAUCAUGCAGCUGAGUGACGAGGUAAUUGCCCUGAAAAUCCUCUCCCGACUGACGCCGAGAGACAUCGCUGCUGUGGGGUCCGUUUGCGUGCAGUUCUACCAGCUGACAAGGAAUGAGGAUCUGUGGCGGAUGGUGUGCCAGAAUGCAUGGGGCAGCGAGACGACCCGGGUGCUGGAGACCGUGCCGGGGGCCAAGCGGCUCGGGUGGGGCCGACUGGCGCGGGAGCUCACGACCCUUGAGGCGGCUGCCUGGAGUAAGCUCGUCGUUGGGGGAGCUGUCGAGCCCUCGCGCUGUAACUUCAGCGCGUGUGCGGUCGGGAACCGUGUCGUCCUGUUUGGCGGUGAGGGAGUAAACAUGCAGCCCAUGAACGAUACGUUUGUCCUCGACCUCAACUCGAGCAACCCCGAAUGGCAGCACGUGAAGGUGGGGUCUCCGCCCCCUGGGCGGUGGGGUCACACCCUCUCGUGCGUCAAUGGCUCCCAUCUCGUGUUGUUCGGAGGGUGCGGGAGGCAGGGAUUGCUGAACGACGUGUUUGUGUUGGACCUGGAUGCGAAGCAGCCGACGUGGCGAGAGAUCUCGAGCCUGGCCCCGCCCCUGCCGAGGUCGUGGCACAGUUCCUGCACGCUGGAUGGGACCAAGCUGAUCGUGUCGGGCGGGUGUGCCGACUCGGGAGUGCUCCUAAGCGACACGUUCCUGCUUGACCUCUCGAUGGAGAAGCCCAUAUGGCGGGAGAUCCCUGUAGCGUGGACCCCACCCUCGCGUCUGGGCCACACGCUGUCGGUUUAUGGGGGUCGGAAGAUCCUGAUGUUCGGGGGGCUCGCCAAGAGCGGACCCCUGCGUUUUCGGUCGAGCGAUGUGUUCACGAUGGACCUGGGGGAUGACGAGCCUUGCUGGCGCUGCGUUACAGGGAAUGCAAUGCCGGGGGCCUCGAAUCCAGGGGGUAUGGCCCCGCCCCCGAGGCUGGACCAUGUGGCUGUCAGCCUCCCUGGCGGGAGAAUCCUCAUUUUCGGUGGCUCAGUGGCUGGGCUCCACUCUGCCUCCCAGCUGUACAUACUCGAUCCAACCGAGGAGAAGCCAACAUGGAGAAUUCUGAACGUGCCCGGGAGGCCACCGAGAUUUGCAUGGGGCCACAGCACGUGCAUUGUGGGGGGAACGAGGGCGAUUGUGCUCGGGGGCCAGACGGGGGAGGAGUGGAUGCUGAGCGAAAUUCAUGAGUUGUCGUUGGCCAGCUCUGUGAUAUAA